AAAGACACAAACCCACCCACUCACUUUUGCUCUUCAUCAGUCAGUCAUCACCACCAUCAUCUUCAAUUCACCCCCCUAACUCAUUUCCAAUGGCGUCUAGUUUCUUUACCAAAAUCCCUUCGCUCACUGCAAUUUUCUCCAUCUACACAUCUCUCUCCGCCUUCACUCUCCUCUUCAGAACCAUUUUAUAUGAGAUCAUACCAGCCGAGAUCCGUGACUUCGUCGUCUCCAAAUUCAAAGACUACUUCUCUUCUUAUUUCAGCUCCAACUUCACUUUCAUCAUCGAGGAGCACUGCGAUUUCGUUACCAACCAGAUUUUCCGUGCAGCUCAAGUCUACUUGCCGACCCUUCUCACAAGAAUCUCCACAGGGAGUCUCCUCGUCAGUUCCAGCAACCUCAAGAACCCGACGGCUAAACCCAAGUUCGGCAUCCCAGUUAACGCCAAGAUCACCGAUGAGUUCGAAGGGAUUCAUCUUGAAUGGACUCUUCACGCUGAAAAAGACACUAGUUCUUACCAGAGUAGACAGAGACGGUACUUUCAUUUGACAUGUAAGAAGGAGUUUAGGGACAAGAUUAUGUCAGAUUACUUCACAUAUAUUGCGGAAUCAUCGGCGAAGAUGUUGGCAAACAGAGACAAUCUCAAGAUCCACAGUUUCAACUCAGAGUUUAAUGAAUGGGAGUCAACGAUCUUCCAACACCACACGACGUUUGAAACACUGGCGAUGGAACCUGAGCUCAAGAACACAUUGAUCCGUGACCUAGACGCUUUCUCCAAAAGAAAAGACUACUUCAAAACCGUGGGAAGAGCUUGGAAACGCGGUUAUCUUCUUUACGGUCCGCCUGGAACAGGGAAAUCAUCGCUUGUUGCUGCGAUUGCUAAUCACAUGAACUAUAGUAUCUAUGAUCUUCAGAUCCAGAGUGUCAAAGGUGAUGCUAUGCUAAGACAGAUUCUUACUUCAACCGAGAACCGCUCCAUCCUUCUCAUCGAAGAUCUUGAUUGUUCUGGAGCGGAUGCUUCUUGUAGAAACGAAAAUAAAGAUGAUGGUGAACCUGGCAAGAGUCAGAACAAGAAGGACAAGGACGAGGAUCCUAAGGUAACUUUGUCUGGUCUACUAAACUUUGUAGACGGGUUAUGGUCAAGCUGUGUAGAGCAACGAAUCAUAGUAUUCACAACGAAUCACAAGGAGAAGCUCGAUCCAGCAUUGUUGAGACCAGGAAGGAUGGAUGUUCAUAUUCUCAUGGACUACUGUACACCAACUGUCUUCAAGAAACUCGCUGCAUUGUAUCUCAACAUCGAAGAACACGUUUCGUUUGAGGCCAUUGAGAAGUUGUUGCUCGAGGUGAAAGCAACCCCAGCUGAGAUCACCGAGCAGCUUAUGGUGAGCGAUAAUCCGGAUGUUACGCUUAAGGUUCUUGUUGAGUUUCUUGAAACCAAGAAGUUGACUAAGGAGGAUACCGUAAACUCUGAAAUCAAAGAAGCAGAAGCAUGAGACUUCAACUCAAGGAUCCGUGGAAGUAGGUCUAUAUAUAGUUACUGACUAUUUGUACUUAAGACGUCUUUGUCUCAGUUUCAUAUUUGGAAUUUAUCAUUAAUUUAGUACUUUAUCGAUGUAAUCUGCAAGCUUUUGAGUUCAUAUAUUGAACCAAAUUAAGA